GAAUGGGCGUGGACUAAGGCCGGGUUGUUCUGUGUGUGCGCUCAGAUAAGGCUCCCCGAUGGCGGAGGCUGAAAGGAAAGAGGGGACGCUGCAAGCGAUGAAGCGCUGUUUGUCUGAUUUUCCAACCGAAGCCCGGGAGUUGUGUUGGUCAGAAUCCGUGCCAUACCUUGAUAUUCUUCCGCCUCCCCUGGAAUUCUACCGGGAAUGGAUCUGCCCAAACAAACCAUGUAUAAUCCGAAAUGCUUUCCACCACUGGCCGGCUCUGAAGAAGUGGACCUUGGGUUACUUGAGGCGAGUAAUGGGCUCCAAGCUGGUGAGUGUGGCAGUAACCCCCAAUGGUUAUGCUGAUGCAGUUUAUCAGGACUGGUUUGUUAUGCCAGAGGAGCGUCAUAUGCCUUUUGGUGCUUUUUUGGACAUUUUGGAGAAAAAGAUAACUUCUCCAGGGGUGUUCUAUGUGCAGAAACAGUGUUCAAACCUGACUGAGGAAUUUCCUGAACUUAUAGGUGAUGUGGAGCCUGAGAUACCUUGGAUGAGCGAAGCACUGGGAAAGAAGCCCGAUGCUGUGAAUUUCUGGCUGGGAGAAUCUUCCGCAGUAACCUCAUUACACAAAGACCAUUAUGAAAACUUGUACUGCGUGAUUUCUGGAGAGAAACAUUUUUUGUUACAUCCGCCAAGUGACCGCCCCUUCAUCCCAUAUGAGUUAUAUCCACCAGCAACUUACCACAUCUCAGAAGAUGGGUCAUUUGAUAUUCUGGAAAAUAAAACGGCAGAGAAGGUACCCUGGAUCCCUUUAGAUCCUUUAAGUCCAGAUCUGAAACAAUACCCAGAAUAUGCUCAGGCAAAGCCUUUAAGAUGUACUGUGAAGUCUGGUGAAAUGUUGUAUCUUCCUUCUCUUUGGUUCCAUCAUGUUCAGCAAUCACAUGGCUGCAUAGCAGUGAAUUAUUGGUAUGAUAUGGAAUAUGAUCUAAAAUACUCCUAUUAUCAGCUGCUGGAUUCUCUCACCAAAGCUGCACAACCAAUGUUGGAUUCUUCUUGGAACAGCUGAACUUUUACAUCUGAUGUGGAAUUGUGCUUACAAUUUUUCUAUAUCUUUAUUCAUAUAAUUUAAAUAAAUAAUUGCAUAAUUGA